UCAGAGAGAGAGAAAGAGACCCAGGCAGAGACUCAGGUGCCGGGGCAGACAGAGGCAGAAGGAGCCAGUGACACAGAGACAGGCACGUGGAGAGCGGGGUUGGGUUGCUCAAACCAGUGCCCAGAAAAGACUGCUAUCUAACCACUGAGGCCCAAGAAGCAUUGACCCAGUGCCUGGAGUUUCUCACAGCCGUGCAGCCCUGCUGGUGCACCAGUUGCCACCUCCAGGAGCCCUUGAUAAGGCUCACUUUUGCUCCCUUGCCAAGCUCGAGGGCCUGAAAUCGACCAGGAGCUGAAACUUACUACAUUCCAGCCAUCAUGGGACCCAGGAUAGGGUCGGCAGACGAGGGUCCCCAGAUGCCAGACAAGGACCCCAAAGCCGUGAUGGGCACAGAAGCCACGCCUGGAGGCAAAGCCAGCCCAGACCUUCAGGACUCGCGACCUAGUGGGUUCCACAACAUCAAGUCCUUCGUCCUGUGCCACAGCCUGCUGCAGCUGGCCCAGCUCAUGAUCUCCGGUUACCUCAAGAGCUCCAUCUCCACGGUGGAGAAGCGCUUCGGCCUCACCAGCCAGACGUCGGGGCUGCUGGCCGCCUUCAACGAGGUGGGGAACACAGCCCUGAUUGUGUUUGUGAGCUAUUUUGGCAGCCGGGUACACCGGCCCCGGAUGAUCGGCUGUGGGGCUGUCCUGGUGGCCCUGGCAGGCCUGCUCAUGACCCUCCCACACUUCAUCUCGGAGCCAUACCACUACGACCACAUCAGGUCUGAGGAUGGGCCGCAGGACUCCAAGGCUUCCCUGUGCCUGCCCACCACCUCGGUUCCAGCCUUAGCGCCGUCCAAUGGCAGCUGCCAGAGCCACGCAGAGACCCACCACCUGACCGUGGUGGGGAUCAUGUUCGCGGCGCAGACCCUGCUGGGCGUGGGCAGUGUGCCCAUCCAGCCCUUCGGCAUCUCCUACAUCGACGACUUUUCCCAUAGCAACAACUCGCCUCUCUACCUUGGGAUCCUGUUUGCAGUGACCAUGAUGGGGCCAGGACUGGCCUACGGCCUGGGGGGCCUCAUGCUACGCCUUUAUGUGGACAUUGACCGGAUGCCAGAAGAUGGCAUCAGCCUGACCCCGAAGGACCCCCGUUGGGUGGGUGCCUGGUGGCUGGGCUUCCUCAUCUCUGCCUGUGUGGUGGCCCUGGCUGCCAUCCCCUACUUCUUCUUCCCCAGGGAGAUGCCCAAAGAGAAGCAUGAGCUUCGCUUUCGGCAAAAGGCCUUGGCAGUCACAGCCUCAGCUACCAGCAAGGGUGAGGACUCCCCCUCUGAGCAGAGCCCUGGGGAGUCCCCAGAGAAGCAGGGUGGCAUGGCCCAGAUGGCACCAGACCUGAGUGUGCUCCAGUUCAUCAAAGUCUUCCCCAGGGUGCUGCUACGGACCCUGCGCCACCCCAUCUUCCUGCUGGUGGUCCUGUCCCAGGUCUGCAUGUCGUCCAUGGUGGCAGGCAUGGCCACCUUCCUGCCCAAGUUCUUGGAGCGCCAGUUCUCCGUCACUGCUUCCUUCGCCAACCUGCUCAUUGGCAGCCUCUCCGUCCCCUCGGCCAUCAUGGGCAUCUUGGUUGGGGGCAUCCUGGUCAAGCGUCUCCACCUUGGUCCCCUGCGCUGUGGCAUCCUCUGCCUGCUGGGGGCACUGUUCACCCUAAUUCUCAGCCUGCCCCUCUUCUUCAUCGGCUGCCCUACCCACCAGAUUGUAGGCAUCGCCCACCAGCCCACCAGGCCAUUCUCGGGCUGCUCAGAGUCCUGCUCCUGUUCCUCGGACAACUUUAACCCCGUCUGCGACCCCAGCACUCGUGUGGAAUACAUCACACCCUGCCACGCGGGCUGUGCAAGCUGGGUGGUCCAGGAGGCUGUGGACAAGAGCCAGGUGUUCUAUACCAACUGCAGCUGCGUGGCAGGAGGCGGCCCUGUGCUGGCAGGCUCCUGUGACUCGGCCUGUGGCCACCUGGUGCUGCCCUUCCUGUUCCUGGUCAGCCUGGGUGCUGCACUGUCCAGUGUCACCCAUACGCCUGCCUUCAUGCUCAUCCUAAGGGGAGUGAAGAAAGAAGACAAGACUUUGGCGGUGGGAAUCCAGUUUAUGCUCCUGAGAGUUUUGGCCUGGAUGCCCAGCCCUGUGCUCCACGGCAGCGCCAUUGACACCACGUGUGUGUACUGGGACCUGAACUGCGGGCGCCGAGCUGUCUGCCGUUACUACAACCACGACCUGCUCCGGAGCCGGUUCAUUGGCCUCCAGUUCUUCUUUAAGAUGGGCUCCUUGAUCUGCUUUGCCUUGGUGUUGGCGGUCCUGAGGCAGCAGGACAAGGAGGCGGAGUCCAAGGCACCUCGCUCCAGCCCUGGCCUGGAGCAGCAGCUGUUAGUAGCGGAACCAGAGAAGAAGCUGGAGAACUCCCGAGUAUGAGCUCCUGGGACCCCAUACUGGCCAGAAGGCAGCUGCAGCAGCCCCUCCUUUGCCCAGGGUCUGAAGUCAGGAGCCCUGUGUUCCAGUGCUGGCUCCUCUGCUAAAUUGCUGAGUGACUUUGGGCAAGCCAUUGACCUUCUCCGGGCCUCCAUGUGCUCAUCUGAACCGAGGAGUUAUUACAGAGUCUGCUGUAUUGGCUUCUUCUGCAGCAAGAGGGUCUUCCCUCUUCCUCCCCACGCCAGGCAGCUGACCUGCAGCCAGGCUUUUCUGGGUAGAAACACUGCAUGUUGUCCCCCUAGUCUCGUGGACAGAAGUGGACCAAAGUAGGCCAGGCCCCUCCACACCAGGCCCCAGCCCAGCUCUGCUCCUCACCUGGAGCACCCUCUCUGAGCGUCAGCCACCACCCAUCAGGUGUGGACCUGCUAGCUUUCAGCUCAUUCAGUUCUGGUCAUCUGUGUGGUCAGGAUAGGUUGUCUCCUCCUCAACCUCAGGCAGCCCUCAAGAAGUGUUUAUUUGGCGCCCCCUGGAGGCAGAGCUCUUGCCGGACUCCAAGGGGAGAUGGAGGACAGAGCAGGCCUCACAUUCAGGCCUCGCAGGGCCUUUAGGAGGCCUUGCUAGGGAAGGCCUCAAUCGCCAACUCAGGAAGUCCCAGCCCCUGCCCUCAGGGAGCCACGGUCAGGAGUCAAGGCCUAGCCCCUGUCUAUGUCCCUGGGAUGGGAAGGGAGACCCCACACACUUGGGUAUCUUCUAACUUCAGAGACCAAACACUCUCGGCACGCACUUGCACCUAUCUAUGCUUUGCCAAGAAUUUGCACUUGACCGGAAGCCACCGAAGUUACUGUGAUAGAACCUGAUUUCCCCAUUUCCUCCGGAGUGCCCAUGUCACCCUGGACUACGGGGAUCAUAUCUGCUUUUGUGAUAUCCAAGUUUUGGGGGUGCCCUUGGUUCUGUGUGGUCCUUACACUGUGAGCAGUGUCAGGUCUGGGCUAUUAGGCUGGGAGCAGUAAUGCCCAGCUCGCGGUGUGAGUUAUUCUGCCUGCUCAGGUCUGAACGGGCCGCUGUGUUCCAGCUGGUCUUACCUAGCCUGGUUACUUCCCUGGGAGGAGAAGGGGUGUUUUCUGAGUUGUUCCCAGCCCAGUUGUACCAACACACACACCACCUGUCUGGGACCUGCUGCUCUGGAAAGAGCAGAUGGGGAUGUGGCCCCAGCCCUGUGUGCCCAGCCCUGGGAGACAUUAGAGGGAGGGCAGGCAAGGCCCUCUGAGCAGUGUCAGAGCCAGGGCUUUGAGGCUUUCCCAUUUGAAAGAAGAAGAGGGAGGAACAGAAACAAAAAUGCCUUACAUUCUACUGGUCAAUACCUAUAACUGUAACAAAUAUCUGAGCCCGUGUUUGUCUAUUCCAGGAAUGUCCAAGUCUCUUCCAACGAGAUGAGGCUGUUAGGAUGUGUAUGCUCCUUCCCUCCUGUCUCCCAGGUUUUUUCAGAAAUAAUCUGGAAUUAUAGAUACAGCUUAUUAUUAAAUUUGUUCUUGCAUAAUGUC